AUGUUUGACAACUCGGACCCCCGGCAUGAGCUCUGGGUGACAGAAGAUGAAGAUGAUGAAGAGGAGGAGGAGGAGGAAGAGGAAGAGGAGGAGGAGGAGGAGGAGGAGGAGGAGGAGGGAGAUAGUGACUCCAGCUCAGACGCAGCAGACAGCAGCGAGGAUUCCCACGCCGAAGAAACCCAGGAGUUUGGGGAACAGUGAGUGAGACUUUGGGGCCUGCGGAAUAUAAGACUUCUUGGAUUCUGUUGUUUGGGGUUUGUAGUCUCUCUGGGGCAGGGACUGCAGAGAGGGCCUGGCACUCCCCAGGUGUUGAAUUAAUAGGCCAUCGCCAGAGGGAGCUUUUUGGAAAACAGAGUUGGGUGGGAAUCAUAAGCGUCUUACAGCUGCGUGCGCUUCAAAUACAAUUUUAUCUCCCCCUACAAAACGCAGCAUUUAUUAUUAUUAUUAUUAUUAUUAUUAUUAUUAUUAUUAUUAUUACAAAACGCAGCACCCUUUUUGUGGGUGCUCUUGGGCGCAGUGGGAAUUCUAGUUUGCCCGCCACGUUGAACCCUGAAGGGUCCUGGCUGCGAAUUGCGCAUAACUAAUUAUUCAUUACAUUCAGUGCUUUUUUUUCUUUAAAAAAAAAUGUUUAGGUGUACUCUCAUAUUGACUCGAGAAAAUCUCUAUUUUAUAGUUCAAACUGGGGGAAAUAAAUACAGUAAAUGGACAAAAGUACAAAGAUUCACAAAAUGUUUAAGGGGUAUGCGUUCCCCUUCGUCUCCCCAGAAAAAAAACACUGGUUACAUUUAUAAACGGACACCAUUUCCCUCCCCUUCCUCAGGAAUUUGAAGCCUCCUUUCUCCAGGGCCAUAGUCCUCAGUUAAUUCCCGACAACCCUGUGAGGUAGGGCAGGUUUGUGGCCUAGUGGGGAGAUUUGAACCCUGGUCUCCCCAAGGUCUUGAUCCCGCGCUCUAACCACUAGGCCACUCACUGGUGUUGCGGCUUCAUGUAAAAAAACAGCAACAGGCUUUUUAAUAUCCCUUUAUUUUAAAAUUGUGUGUUGUUUUUUAAAUUUGCACCAGGCCUUUUGAAUGGGUGCCCUGUUCCGUUACCCCAAACCCGGCAUGGCAUAGUGGUUAGGGUCCGAGAGACCCGGGUUCGAAUCACUUGAGGGGCCAGUCACCACCUUCCUCACAGGGUGGUUGUGAGGAUAAUAAAUAAUAAUAAUAAAUUUUUAUUUAUGCCCCGCCCUUCCCGGUUCAGAAAACCGGGCUCAGGGCGGCUAACAGCAAAUUUAAAACAAUUAAUGCAACAAAAAAACAGCAUAAAAUACAGUAUAAAACGUGAAUAACAAUAAAUUCAGAAUUCAAAAAUCAAUUUAGGGGGGAAAUCCAUCCAAUAAACAUUAGAUGAUCACCAGGGCUAGCUGGCUGAAUUGGUCCUAUUUGGGCCGGUGAGGAGACCAGGGGAGAAUUAGCUGUGGGAUCCCAGAGCAGGUAAUCUUCCUAAAAAGGGAAGGAAGAGGAAUAAAAGAUCAGGCUAAGUUCAAAUUGAAAGCCAGGUGGAAUAGCUCUGUCUUACAGGCCCUGAGGAAGGAAGUUAAAUCCUGCAGGGCCCUGGUCUCCUGGGACAGAGCAUUCCACCAGGUCGGAGCCACCACUGAAAAGGCCCUGGCCCUGGGGGAGGAUAAUCUGGCUUCCUUAGGGCCCUCUAAACUAUGGUUAUUCGUGGACCUAAAGGUAAACGAUGGAGGGAAAGAACCAUGUCAGCUCAUGGCUCUAUAAGUGGGAUAGAUAGAUAAUUGAUUUGGGGUUAUAGUCAUUUAACAGAGCAAUUCCUCAACAUGCCAAAAAGGUUUAGGGUUUUAUUGUGUGUGAGCUGCCUUUUCUGGCAAGAAUGCCAAGGCCAUGAGGGAGAUGGAGGGCAGCGCCCCUUCCUCUUUCCAAGAACUGGACCCCACCUGCCCAAAAUUUCCACAGGGGUCAGGAUCCAGCCUCUUGCUUCCAGCCAAAAGUGCGCCACCCGGGAUCCCACCACUGCCGCCGACGCCUUUUCGCCCCAUAUGCCUUGCAGGAGCGGCCUUCGCCAGGUGAGUCCGGGGGGGGCAGAGGGGUCGGGACGGGGCUCCAGAUGAUGGGCAGAAACCGCCGCACUUGCUUCGGAGGUUUUUGAAUCCUGUGGGCUGGCAGCUGUAGCGCAGCCCUGGCCAACCUCCUGCACUCCAGAUGUUGCCACCCCGAAAAAACAUCUGCACGGUGCCAGGUUCAUUGAGUCCUAGAAUUGUAGGGCUCCCUUUACAGUGGAGGAGGGCAGAGUCUGUCGGUGCCCAUUGCUGUAUCCUGUGGCAAGGAGUUCCACAGUUUGAUGAAUAACUUUCUUUUUAUCUGUCCCAAAUCUUCAGCCUCGUCAAGUUCUGGUGUUAGGAGGAGGAGCAAAGCUUUUCUCUGCCCAUUCUCCCCAUGUCAUGUGUGAUUUCGGACGUUUCUGUCCCGUAGCUUCUCUUGUCUUUCCUGAAACUUAACUUUUUGACGUGGCUGUCACUUUUAUUUCUUGAACGGGCGUUUUUAGGGCUCAGGAGCAGCUGCAGGGUGGACCUCAAACCUUGGGGCAGAGAGACCCCGCCUUGGGAAACCCCCCUCUCCCACUGGGUGCAGGAUACAAGAGCCGUCUGCAUAACAAAUUGGCGUACACAGCAGGUGCGUUUCGGGAUGGGGGGGCUUCAGUCCGGGGGGGGGGCCUCUUGCUAUUUCUUUAGAGGAGAGGGGGCACUCAACCUGCCCCCCAAAAUCCUCUGCACAUGCUCAAACACCCUCUCCCAUGCUAGGGCCGAACGGCUUUGAAGGCCUCUCGGCUCGGCGCCUGCCUUGUCCACAGAACAUAGAAUGGCACCUAAAGGGGGAACCUAAAGGGUCCUCUAGACCAACCCCCUGCCACGAAUAAAUCGCUGCAAACGUUUUACUGGGAGGUGUCGUUAUACCUGCCCCCUGGGCUGACUUUUUGUCUUUAUUUUCCAGUGGCGUAUAAUUGCAUAUAUCGGCCUGCCUUUGACCCGGCGCUCCGCAUCUGUUGCAAACUAGAACUCCCAACAGCCCCUUAAGGGCAGCCCAGCUCUAUGAUGCCGGAUCUCAUUGGUGCCCAGCUGUGCUGGUUGGCAGGGCGUGGGCACCGGGUCUCAAAACCUCUGGAGGGCUGCAGGUUUUUUACCUAUCCUCUGCUAAAUACCUCUUUGAUGGCAGAUUGGUCUGCUUUGUGAUGAAUCCCGAAUAAAAGGCAACUGGCUUUUGUCCAAAGGUCCUGUGGAUCGUAUCCCUUCCCUCCCUCCAUUGCUUAUAGCUCAUAAUCACGCCCAUAGCUGCCGGAUUUUCACAGAAUCGUAGAAUCGGGACUCCCAAAGGUCAUCCAGCCUGACCCUCUGCAAUGCAGGAAUGGCAGCUAAAGAAUCCCUGGCAGGUGGUCGUUCAUCCUCUGCUUGAAAACCUCCAAUGAAGGAGAGUCCACUUUCCAAGGUUGUAGAGUUGGGAAGGGACCGCCAGAGGUCAUCUAGUCCAACCCGCUGCCAGGGCUUGGGGUGUUGAACAUGGCUGUAUGUAUGUAGUUGGGGGUCGCACUCAUCUCUGCUUGAUGUCUUUCCCAGCAGGCGUCCAGGUUCCGCCCCCGGACACUCUCCCACCCUUCUUUCCAGUCGUUCUACACCGCUGUCUCCACCUGCAGGCGCUCCUCCCCAGCUGCAGCUGCAGUACAAGGCGCCUCGCCCUCAGAACUCGAACCCAGAGCCAGUAAGCAGCACGGGGAAGACAGAGGGGAGUCUGCUCUCUCUGGGGGCUAAAGGAUGGAGGGCUCCCCUAUGAGGAAAGAUUGCAGCGUGGAGGGGGGGCGGAUUUUUAGUGUUUGCAAAACGACGCCUGGCAUAUGGGGGAAACUAAAACUCCCUCGUAAAACUAGAACUCAAUGGACUUCCAGGGAAUUCGAAAGUUGGAAGAUUCAGCACAGAUGAAAGAAAGUCCUUCUGUAGCACAGUUAAUCUGUGGAACUCCCUGCCACAGGAGCCAGGGAUUUGCCACCGACCCAGAUGGCUUUAAAAGGGGGCUUUCAAUGGAUGCUAGUCAGAUGGGCCAUUGGCCUCCUCUUAUGUUGGACUACAACACCCAUAUUGCACCUAGCCAGCAAGGAUCAGCGGACACAGGCGAUGGGAGUUGUAGUCCCACAACAUCCGGCGACUUGAGGUUGGAGCUCCGUUCGGAGUCCUUCAACCUUGCAUCCCCAGAUGUUGAACAGACAACAACUCCCAUCCUCCCGAGUCAGCUGAGUCCAGUUGUCGUGGAUGAUGGGAGUUGUAGUCCAAUGACUUCUGGGGACAAUUCCCACCAGAUCCGGCGUCGGCUGAUCUCACCUUCUGACCUCGUGUCUCCCCUUUCUCCCUUUGAAGCGCCUCUCCCCGCCACGGACUGCAGCGGUUUCUUCUACACCGACCCAACGAUGCCACCAGGACAUCGGAUCUACAACUGCCUUUCCGUCUCCACCCAGGAAGUAAGUGGUCUUUGAAAAAGCUUUGAAAAAUUACGUGUUUCAGUGUAAGAAUUCAUGGAGGGUGUGGGAAACCUUUAGGAACAAGAAUCAUGUGAGUGUCUGGAGGCAGUUGGAGGAUGGAUGGCAGCUAACAGAUUGAGGUUGAAUCCUGACAAGACGGAAGUACGGGAGGUGGGCAGGUGUGGGGGACUCCCUGGUCCUGAAUGGAGCAACUGUGCCCCUGAAGGACCAGGUGCGCAGCCUGGGAGUCAUUCUGGACUCACCGCUGCCCAUGGAGGCGCAGGUCAGUUCUGUGUCCAGGGCGGCUGUCUGCCAGCUCCAUCUGGUGCACAGGAUGAGACCCUAUCUGCCCGCAGACUGUCUGGCCAGAGUGGUGCAUGCUCUGGUUCUCUCCCGCUUGGACUACUGCCAUGCGCUCUAUGUGGGGCUACCUUUGAAGGUGACCCGGAAACUACAACUAAUCCAGAAUGCGGCAGCUAGACUGGUGACUGGGAGUGGCAGCCGAGACCACAUAACACCGGUUCUGAGAGAUCUGCAUUGGCUCCCAGUAUGUUUCCGAGCACAAUUCAAAGUGUUGGUGCUGACCUUUAAAGCCCUAACCGGCCUCGGUCCAGUAUACCUGAAGGAUCGUCUCCACCCCCAUCGUUCUGCCUGGACACUGAGGUCCAGCGCCAAGGGCCUUCUGGCGGUUCCCUCCCUGUGAGAAGCCAAGUUACAGGGAACCAGGCAGAGGGCCUUCUUGGUGGUGGCACCUGCCCUGUGGAACGCCCUCCCAUCAGAAGUCAAGGAAACAAACAACUAUCUGACUUUUAGAAGACAUCUGACAGCAGCCCUGUUUAGGGAAGCUUUUGAUGUUUGAUGUAUUACGGUAUUUUAAUAUUUUGUUGGAAGCCACCCAGAGUGGCUGGAGAGGCCCAGCCAGAUGGGCGGGGUAUAUAUAAUAAGGCAGGGAGUUCCACUGGUUAAAACUCACAUUAUUAUUAUUUUUUUAGCCUUUGUGGUGCAGGGAGUUCCGGAGAGUGGCUACGCUCGCUCCUCACCUGUUUGCCUUGCUCCCUUUUCCUUCAGGUCCUCCGCAGCCUGUCGCUGGAGACUCCGCCGCCAAUCAUGUCUGUCCGCACAGCUUCCCCGCCUCGCAGGGCCGGCGCCCGCACCCAGUGGCUCUCUGAGCUGGAGUGCAAGGCGGUCUCCGCUCUCAUGGAGCUCCCAGACAGCACCAGCCAGGAUGGGUGCCAGCCCUCCGCUUGCUUGCCAGGAGAAAUGGAGGGGCUCAGGGAGAUGGAGACCUCAGACAUGCUGCCAUAG